CAAAUUUUAAGCUUUGCCUUACUGGCUUUUCUUGCAGGAAGCUAACAGCAGUACUCACAUUUAUUGGAAGACUUCAAUGUUGGUCAAGCUGAUUUACUUUUAUGAUAAAUGCCCAGAUCCAGUAAGUUCUAGUGUGAACCCAUUUUAGUUUCAGAGACCUUUGCCUGCUAUUAGUGUAAUAGAUUGAUUUAUAGAAGAGAAAGAAUCUGUUGAAUUACUGGAAUAUGAAGUUAAGUUGGAAGCUUCGUUCGUCUGUUAGCGGUCACACGCACAUGCAGCUGCUUUUAAGAUUAGCAGUGGCCAUUCUCCUGAUGGGUUUAGCUUUUAGGCUUUUAUUUUUUAGCUCCCAAGAGUUAUCAUCGCCUGAUCUAGAAACUGCGCCUGCUGUUGCUAAAACUGAUGUGGCAGAAGCAACACGGCCGGAUAAUUUUACUAUUGAUGUUUCAGAAUAUGAAGAUCAGUAUCUACAGCCUGAAAAAAAGCCCGAAGAUGAGAAUGAGAUGCCUCAAAAAGUUGGCGGAGAAGAAAAGUGUGAUAUCUUUACUGGGGACUGGAUUCCAGAUCAAUCAGGACCUGUUUAUACCAAUGAAAGCUGUGCCUUCAUUGAGGGUCACCAGAAUUGUAUGAGAAAUGGGAGGCCUGAUACAGGGUAUUUAUUUUGGCGGUGGAAACCACAAAAUUGCCAGUUGCCUCCGUUUAAUGCAGAGAAAUUUCUCAGCAUGAUGAGAAAUAAGACAUGGGCUUUGAUUGGUGAUUCAAUAUCUCGUAAUCAUGUGCAGUCAUUGCUCUGUAUGCUCUCAACGGCUGAGAAGGCUGUUGAAGUUUAUCAUGAUGAGGAAUUCAAGUCUAAAACAUGGCAGUUUCCCUCUUACAAUUUCUCCUUGUCAGUUGUCUGGUCCCCCUUUCUUGCUAAAGCUGCAAUCUUUGAAGAUAUUAAUGGUGUUUCAACAUCUGAGGUUGAGCUUCAUCUAGACAAGCUGGAUAAAAAAUGGAUUGAUCAGUACUUUAACAUCGACUACAUGAUAAUUUCAACUGGUAAAUGGUUUCUUAAGUCUGCUAUCUACCAUGAGAAUGAUACAGUGGUGGGCUGCCAUUACUGCCCUAAAAGGAACCUGACAGAGUUGGGAUUUGAUUAUGCUUAUAAUAAAACCCUUCAUCAGGUUAUGGAUUUUAUCACAACUUCCAAACACAAAGGGUUGGUAUUUUUCAGAACAAGCACACCAGAUCACUUUGAAAAUGGGGAAUGGCAUAAUGGGGGUGCUUGUAAGAAAACAUUGCCAGCUAAAGAAGGUGAGAUUGAAAUAAAGGACUUGCACAGGAUUCUACGCAACAUUGAAUUAUCAGCAUUCCAGGAUGCAGCUGCAAAAGCAGCUGAAAGUGGGGUAAAAUUCAAACUUCUUGACUUCACUAAUCUUUUGUUACUGAGACCUGACGGACACCCUGGUCCAUACCGAAGUUUUCAGCCAUUUGCUGAGGACAAAAAUGCAACCGUUCAGAAUGAUUGUUUGCACUGGUGUCUACCUGGACCGUUGGAUGCUUGGAAUGAUCUAAUCAUGGAGAUGAUGAUUAAUACAUUAGGAAAUUGAUUGGAAUAUAGAUGGUUGGAAUCUGGCUUCUUCCCUUGAAAACAACAUUAACCUUAAGAAGGUUAAUCAUGUCUGGUGAUGAAGAGCAGAUAGAUGAUGAAUUCCUUUUUGUGUUUUCACUUAAUUACUUUUGUACGUAUAAUCGCCAUGUCGUUUGUAUCAAGAAUAGUUGAAAUCUGGUGGAAUCAAGAAGAGAGAACACUUUGUGAGUAGAAAUAGUUUAUUUUAAUUCUUGAGAUGUAUUCUUUAUACUUUAUAGUACAUUUUCUGGGAACAUAAUAUUGAAUUGUAUCUCUUUAAUGUGAAGCCUCACUGGCAUGAGUGGGCUAUAGUUUCUCUUACAGCUGCAUUUGAUCGGGUUGAGUCUGAAUAAAAUCUAGUUUGAAAUCAA